CUCUCCACCUUGAACGGCUUUUCAGCGGGAUCUGAUAAGAAGAAGGGGGUCAAAGCCACCCCAUGAUCCCUGAUCUCAUGUGCUGUCUCCAACUGAAAGGCCCCUCCAAAGCCCCCCUGCUUCCCACUUGCCAACCCGCCCGACCUGGUCUACCUUACACUCGAGGUACAGAUCCUCCGGUUCAGGAGAGGAAAGAAGCUCUCAUCUCAGUUUUGAUCCUCUUGCUUCGGACACGAGGUUUUUUUUCUACCUUGUCUUUUACCAGACAGAUAGGCUCUUCUGAAAGUCACGAGCCUGUCAAUGUGUUGAUCAACCCUUGCUGCGACUUUGUGUGAUUAUACUCUCGCCCUUCGUUCUUGUUAUCUUGUGCUGCUUAUCUUACGUCACCUGGACGGCAUCGACAACACAAUGGCUGUCUUUGUAGACUUCUCGUCCGACGAUGAGGACCCCCAAGACGUGCAGCCGCAGCAACACGCUUAUGGCCGUUCUAUACUUCAAAAAUCAGGGUGGAAGGGCGAGCGGACCGAGGCCACCGAACGUAGCAGCGUACCGGACGAGGAGGAACACAAUGAGCUCUCUAACAGCACUGCCAAUGGCUCGGCUUCCAGCCACUACACCUUCAGGAAUGCAAUGACGGAGGCUCUCGGAUGCUAUCCAGUCGCAAUGGCCAUUGCUUCAUCUCUUGACCUCAUCUCGCUCGACAACCUGUCCCGAACCUGCCGCCAGAUCCAUGCGUCUCUCCUCGAAUACCGCAGUCCGCUCAAGUCGCAUACAUUGCACUGCGUCAACGAGAAUGUCGAGUUUGACCCGGAUGAUACACUGCGUUAUCGCGCGAGAACCGGCAACUGGUACUAUAUGGAAGAGCUUGCACGACCUGGCGACAAAUACAACGGCAAGAGCGGGCAAUGUGCCAGAGACAUGGUCGCAGAAUGCAGACGUUGCGCAAGAGUUGUCUGUCGGAAUUGCGCCAUCAAACCACCUGCCCCGAUCGCGCUUCGAGAUCGACAUCGCCGGCUAUGUAUUCGCUGCACAAAGGCCCCAGUCGGUACCCUCGCAAAGCCUUCGUUGCGCCCGGACACAUCAAUUGAUGCCGAUAUCAUGAAAAGAGCUGUGUGUACAUGCCAAAGUGAGGGUGUCUGGCUGUGCCAGCCGUGCGGAAGGAGUAUCAGAGGCGCAGAUCAUGAUUACCAGUCGAUAUGGCGCUGGCGCAACCAGUACGGAGACAUCAUCGGCGGCCUUGGAACCGGCAUCGGCGACGGUGACCGCGGCGUAAUCUGCGGUCGGGAGGGUAGGUGCUGUGCGGCCAAAGAACGCGAACACGAGACGGACUGCGAUGCCGCGGACGCACGGGAACACGUCCUGUCCAACCCUGGCACGCCACCUCCUGCCAACCCGCACCCCUACCAGUCCUGGAUGACCAGCAGUGACACGUCGAGUCCUAGUCCAUCUCCCUCUUCAUCCCCGGACUCUCGCCGCACACCGUCUCCUCCCCACCUAGGUCCCGGCUAUGCUAGACACGAGAUCGAGGGCAUUGGCGGUGUGGUCAAGACCAAGCGGCUGAGCAUGGUACGUGUUGGCGCUUGCGUGCCUGAGUGGGAGGAUGAGAAGAACAAUGGGCAAGUACUCGGCAGGGAAGUCUCAGGUCGCUCAAGGAGUUGGUGUGGCUGGUGUACGAGGGUUAUUCCAGGCAAGAAAGACUAUGAGCAAAGCGCACAAGAGAAAGGAUAUAGCAGCCUCCCGGUAGUCAAGGCUGACGGCUGAGCAUCCCAUGACGGGCACAAAAAAAUGGACAUGAAGAUUCAGGGGUAUGUACACCUUGCAAAAGGGCAUGCACGCAUAGGCACCCCUGGCAAAAAGGCACAGUGGCGUUCGCAGUAUACU